AUGGCGUCGGCGCGGAGGAACACAACGACGAGGCGUCUGCUGAGCAUCCUGCUCCUCGCAGCACCCAUCCUCGCAAAAUACCAAAACAACUUUGACCUAUACCCAUCAGCAGCGCAACCCUGCCUCUACGCCUCCUCGGACGCGAGCAAAUGCGACGGCAACACAGUAGCAACCAUGAACAAAUGCCUCUGCAGCGACGACAAGGGCAAAUUCGUCACAAACUCGGCAACGUGUCUGGGAAAGGAGGCCAAAGACACCUUACGCACCGUCUACCAGUCCAUGAGCACCGCCUGCUCCGACUCCAAGACGCCCAUAUCCAUGACCGAGGACCAGUUCCUCAACCUCGGCGCGCAGGGCGCCACGGCGUCGCUGUCCGUGACGCUGUCGACUUCAACGACGGCCUCGCCCACCACGUUCUUGACGACUACCACGGGCGGAGCGACCGUCACGCUCAUCACCACACCGACGCCCACGACGUCAGCCGCACCAGAGGAAGACAAAGGUCUCAGCACAACCGCCAAGAUUGGCGUCGGCGUCGGUGCAGGCGUGGGAGCCAUUGCCCUCGUCUGUCUCGCAGUCUUUAUCUGGCGCAUCAAGAAGAGCCGCGACGCCCACGACGAGUCCCACCGCCCGAUGCUGGGCGGCGGCAUCGGCGCCACGGGACACAACAACCCGCAACACGGGCCUUUUACGGAAUACAGCCCACCCACCAGCAUCGCUGGGGCCGGGGCCGGGGCCGGGGCCGGCUACGCCGCUUACAACGGCGCGCAGGAAUACAAGAACGAGACGAAGCAGCAGCAGUCGGGCUGGAGACCGGUAUCGGAAGUCACGCAGACCACGAGUCCCGGAGGCCAGACGUGGGCGACGAAUUCUCCACAGCCACCGUAUGCGCAAUUCCAGUCCCAGCAGCAGCAGUCUUUGGGGGCGUGGGGACAUCACCCGCAAGCCGCGUACGUUCCUCCGCCGCAGGAGCCUCCUCAGCAGGAAGGGGUUUUUGAGCUUGCUUCGAUACCUGCGGCGUCACAGCCCGCUUCGCAGGUGCCGCAGCCGCUGCCUGGUGCUGUCGAGAUGCCGGCGACGGAGGUGCAGCCGCAACCUGCGCGCUACCAGUAUCCUUCGCAGAGGCAAUGA